AUGGAUGAGGAGUACGACGUGAUCGUGCUGGGCACGGGGCUCAAGGAGUGCAUCCUCAGCGGCCUCCUCUCCGUCGACGGCCUCAAGGUGAGCUCCUACACCUCCAUCGGCCUCCUCUCCGUCGACGGCCUCAAGGAGUACAAUGGGCCUCCUUACAUAAAGAGCUUUCCAAACAGUUAUUGUAAGUUUGACCCCGUAAAACUUAAGAAACUCCGCCCAAGUUUCAAGGAGAAUGGUGGUACUGUUACAGCUGGAAAUGCUUCUAGUAUAAGUGAUGGAGCUGCUGCAUUAGUCUUGGUGAGUGGGCAGAAGGCUCAAGAGCUUGGCCUGCAAGUCCUUGCAAGGAUCAAAGGAUAUGCAGAUGCAGCUCAAGCUCCAGAGCUUUUUACAACCACUCCAGCACUUGCCAUACCAAAGGCUAUCACAAAUGCAGGAUUAGAGUCAUCUCAUAUUGAUUUUUAUGAGAUUAAUGAAGCCUUUUCGGCCGUUGCACUUGCAAAUCGGAAGCUUCUCGAGAUUCCUUCACUGCAACAUUUAGUAGCAUCAGCACUUGUUCUUGAGCUCUCAUAA